AGAAAAACCCAAUCCAAGCGCGACUAGUGCCAUCGUCAUCACCACGCACCCAAGUACAGGAAACCACAUCCGAACCCCAAUCCUCCCCCCGAAUUCUUUCUCCAUCGCCAUGGCUCUCUCCUCCACCUUCCUCCCCCUCCCCAAGCUCCUCUCCUCCUCCAGAUCCCACCACUUGCUGCCCGUCCGGGCGUCCUCUGCCGCGCCCGCCGCCUCCGCCUCUUUCGAUCUGCGCCGCUACUGGACCUCCCUGAUCGCCGACGUGGAGUCCGAGCUCGACGCGGCGAUGCCCAUGCGCCCCCCGGAGAGCAUCCACUCCGCCAUGCGCUACGCUGUCCUCCCGGGCGCCGGCAAGGAGGGGGGCGCCAAGCGGGCGCCCCCUGUGCUCUGCGUCGCUGCCUGCGAGCUCCUCGGCGCGCCGCGCGCGGCCGCGCUCCCGGCCGCGGCGGCCCUCGAGAUGCUCCACGCGGCGUCGCUCGUGCACGACGACCUGCCCUGCUUCGACGCCGCACCCACGCGGCGCGGGCGGCCCUCCACGCACGCCGCCUUCGGCACCGACAUGGCCGUCCUCGCGGGCGACGCGCUCUUCCCGCUCGCCUACACCCACGUCAUCGCCCACACCCCGUCCCCGGACCCGGUUCCCCACGCUGUGCUCCUCCGCGUCCUCGCGGAGCUCGCGCGCGCCGUCGGAUCCACCGGCAUGGCGGCGGGCCAGUUCCUCGAUCUGGCCGGCGCCACCGCGCUCGGCGAGGCCGAGGUCAUGCGGGUCCUGACGAAGAAGUUCGGCGAGAUGGCCGAGUGCUCCGCCGCCUGCGGCGCCAUGCUCGGCGGGGCCGGGCCCGACGAGGAGGCCGCGCUGCGGCGCUACGGCCGCACCAUCGGCGUCCUCUACGAGCUCGUCGACGACAUCCGGAGCGCGUCCGGGAACGGUAAGAUGAGGAGGAACGCCAGCGUCCUGCGCGCGCUGGGCAUGGACCGCGCGCUCGGCAUCGUGGAGGAGCUCAAGGCGCAGGCCAAGACGGAGGCCGACAGGUUCGGGGACAAGUACGGCGACCGGGUGCUCCCCUUGUACAGCUUCGUGGACUACGCGGUGGAGAGAGGGUUUGAACUCCAGGAUGCAGCGGCAACGCCGUAAGAGUGCGCGAUCGCAGUUGCUACUGAAAAUUGGAGCAAGUGACAUGCAUAUGGUUCUUAGAAUUGGUGACAGCUCCAUUUGUCAGAAAUUAUAAUCCCUCUGCUAUAGUUGUUUAGACGCUUGAAUUCGUAAUUCCCUUUGGCGAGAGAUUGUCCGUAGAGUUCUCACCCCUGAUAUAGAUGUUCAGAACUUUGAACUUGGGUUGAUGUCUCGGUUGAGGUUUUGUAGUAGUACGUUGAUAAAAUAAGAUGGCAUUGCUCAAAAAAAAUAAAAUAAGAUGGUACCGAGUGCAAGAUCUUAGAUUAAUUUCUCAA